UCACGCUCGGUGCACUCAGAGCUUGCACUUUUGUCUCUUUUCCGUAAUUUUUGAAGCUCCGACAACGCUUGAUCGUGUUUGGUUUGACAUAUUUUGAGCGCUCAGAGCGAGAUCGAUAAACUCCGAGUUUGUGGGGUGGGCAGCUGCAAUUUAAUCUGUCUGUAUAACCUAUUUUCCAUGAUAAGAUAAAUAAACAAUCCUAUUUUGUUUAAAUGUUGACAAUCAAAUAGCUAGUAAAUUCUGCAUAAUUGUUUACUUUUAAUUAAAUUUUCUCGAUAGUCCUCAUCACUGGUAUUAUUGAACAUUUUUUUCCAAGGGAACUUGGCAGUCUCAGAGUGUUUAGAAUACAAAAGAAAAUGGGGCUGUUUGAAAAUUAUCGACUUAAAUGCAAAACAAACGAGAAAACUCUGGUUUAAAUGCGGAAUGCGGGCCCAGACCCAAAAAAUAUAUGCUAAGAAAAAUAAACAAUAAUCAGCUGAUCGCUCAACCCCUAGCAUUUUUGCACAAGUUUAUUUGGCUUGACACGGUGUACUCCCUGUGACGUCACGUUACUCCGUAAUCGCUCUGCUCGCUCCGCCGAGCGUCAACCCAAACCCGCCCUACAGUGUUGCUGUUACUAUUUACAAGAUUUUAUUUGUGCCUUCGUUAACUGCUUGUUCACUAUUAUAUUUUUGUUUAGGUUGGCGAACCUGUUUGUUUACUUGGCUCGGGGAAUUACUGAAAAAGUGUUAUUGUCGGGGAGUUCCUUGAUUAUCGGUGAUGGGAUGGACCAAGCAUUUACUAGAAAAGUACCUUAAAAUUUCCUCCAGUCUUCAACUUCAUUCGCAAGUGUAUUCAUCCUGCGUUACAAAUUUUAUUUCUUCUCUACAUCAUGAAUAAAUGGGUAAUUUUCCAGUGGGCUCCUGUAUAUUGGAGCAAACUGGAUGGCGACGAAACUACUCUUACCUAUGGCAGUGAGGAAUAUCAGCAGAUAGCUUUCGAAGUGAGGCGUGUAAUUUGUAAUUACAGCAAACCCAUUGGAAGAAUUGUAAGGAUUCAAAAUGUUUUUGAUUUGGCCCAAUGUCUUGUGAGGGGACAGUUACUGACUACUGCUAGUCCAAUGGUUCCAUUGUUUAGAGUGAGACGUUUUAUCAAGAUCCAUAAGGACCAUUUACCAGCUGCACUCCAAUGGAACUUGGACCAUAGACGGUGCAAUAACUCAGAAACAGUAUUUAAAGAACUCAUUCCAUCCAAUGAUUUUUCUCCUGGAGAAAUCCUGCUUGUUGUACAAGUCUUAACACAAAACCCACAUGCCGCUGAAAUACGUCCAAACACUACUUUGGAGUAUUUUAUUGAUUAUGUUGUUUAUUUUUAAGUAUUAUUGUUCGACUUAUCAGAACCAAUCAUGGUUCACCUUAAGGGAUCAGAUUGGUCUUGUGCCUUGAUUAUUUUUUAUAUUGGAAUUUAGUAUUACAUUAGGUUUAGAAACCUAUAUUUGUUUAUGACAUUUAUUGUGAGAAAAAAUAAGUGAGACUAUUUUAAGUUUACAUACAGGGUAUUAUGAAUAAAUACAAAAUUUUCUA